AUGUCAGGAGAUUACUUCUCAAGAACACCAUCUUUAUUCUACUCGUACGUUGAUUCAGACUAUAAGACAUUUCAAUGUAAAGUUGAUCAAAUCGAUGAUUCUACAGCACCAUUACCUGUGCUUAAUUCGAAUAAUCAUAGCAGUGCUAAUAAUUAUGGUGAGUUCGAUAGUGACUUGCCAAUGAAGUAUGAAUCACAGACAAUUCUUCAUUUACUUCCAAAUAAUCCUCGUCAUACACAUAAUCAUCAUCGCAGUCCACACCAACAGAAUAAUCACUUUCAACAUGAUUAUUGUUCUUCAGUAUUAUCAAAUACAAACACACCUACAACAGUGAUCAAACUUACCACCACGGCCGUUACCAUCACAAAUACAUCUACAUCUGUCAGUAAUUCUAGUCGUCAUGCAACUCAUGAAUCAGAGGAAAAUAAUUUCCUUAACUCCAGUUCAAGUCAGAUAAAUCCGCACAAGUUUAGACGUAUGGAUUCAUCACCUCAAUAUGGUAACUCACUAAACGGACGUAAUCAUUCCUCAAGUGAUAUAUCCCCUGGAAACUGGUGCAGACAUUCCCCAAAUAAAAUAAUUAAUUUACCAAGUAGUGAAAACUGGUUGGUGACAUCAACUCCUAGAUCACCAUCAUCAGGUGAACAUUAUGUCGUUGGGACAGCUUCUGCGGUUGGUGGGAAUAAAAAUAUUUCUACUACUGUAACUACUACAACAAAUGAUGUGACUCCUGCAGCCGCAGCUUCCAACAACCAUCUGAUAUUAUCGAGAUCAAAUCAUCAAUUAUGUGUGACAAACAAUUCUGACUGCUAUGAUGUGAAUAAUACUACUGAUGUAGAUACUAAAUAUUUUUUGCCAACUUCUAAUCAUUUUGUGGCAUCGUGUGAUGUUGUGGACAAUACAAUAAAACACGACAGUGUACCAGCAACAACAUCCUCAUCACUAAUACCGUAUGACUGCACAUUCACAGAUUCUAAAAUGUUACCAAAUCCUUUCUGGUCAACAACACCGUACUUAAUUAGUAAACAUUUAGGAAGCAAUUGCAGUUUCCCAUCCAUUCAUGAAUCAUAUCCCAUACAACCAAUAAUGACAGGCUACACAAAUCAUCCUCUGGAUGCUGAUUAUCAGCAUCCGCAACAGCAUCAGCAGUCAACUUUCAGUGUUAAUCGAAGGAAUAACAAUGAAAACUGUAGUAAAUUAUCAAAGUAUAUGUCAAGUGUAGAACCAACAUCAUAUCACCAUAGUGGUAGUAGUCCAGGUGAAUCGUCAAGUGAUGCAUGUCCAACUUUGUCAAAUGAGACUAUGAAUUAUGAGAAUGAAUUAAGCAGUUAUGAAUCACUUCAUUAUCUUCAAUCAUCAUUCAUCCUUAACAAUCGAUGUACAGAAAAUAAUAAUAACACAUGUAAUCAUGAACAGAAUCAGCACACAAGUAACUGUUCAUCGAUUUCGUGUCCUGUAAAUUUUACAUAUAUCAAUUCUUUAUCAAUGCCUUCAACGCUCACAACAAUAACAACACUUUCAACGACAGCUAUGUCAUUACCGACAACAACAGUAACAAUAGGGCGUGUUUCAAAUGAAUUCCUAUGUAAAAAUGAGUUAGAUUCUAUCAGAAGUUGUCCUCACGACAGCGCCCUCACAUCAUCCCCUUUGUUGUCAUAUAAUGUGAAUGCAUCAUUGAAUAGCAUGAUAAUGAAGAAUGCAGUUGAUAAUAUGGACCAUAACCUUCAUGAUAACGAUGGUGGUAAUGCUGAUGGAGAUGAAGAGGGUGAAGACGAUGAUGAUGACGGUGAUGAAAACUUAAAACCAAAUAAUUCCAGUGAUUCGUCGGAGUGUGAUGAUGAUGAUGAUGACGAUGCAGACGAAGUUAAUCCCGAUGAUCAAACUGUGAAUAGCAAUUCAAAAUCUAAACUAAAAGACGAAUUAGCUAAAGAUAUGGAUAGUCGAAAAAAGAGUAAUACAGCUGGUCGACGAUCAGAGAAACCCCCAUAUUCCUAUAUUGCGCUGAUUGCAAUGGCUAUCAAAGCAUCACCCUCAAAAAGAUGUACCUUAAGUGAAAUUUACCAAUACCUACAUACACAGUUUCCCUUUUUUCGUGGACAAUAUACUGGAUGGAAAAAUUCAGUUCGUCAUAAUUUAUCGCUGAAUGAAGUUUUUAUCAAAUUACCAAAAGGUAUGGGUCGCCCUGGAAAAGGUCAUUACUGGACUAUUGAUCCAGCAGCCGAAUUUAUGUUCCAAGAUGGAGCGUCAAGAAGACGGCCACGUGGCUUUCGCAGAAAGUGUGCAUCUGCAGCCGCAGCUGCAGUGGCGGCAGCAGUUGCAGCAAAUAUUUCAUCUUCAAAUAACUACGCUCAGAUGAAUCAUGAAGGAUCGCUGUACAAUAUGACAUCAUCCCCAUUUAGCACAUUUAAUUUAGGGAACAUGACCCAUGAUAUUUUAACGAAAGAAAUGACACAAUUUUUAAUCCCGAAUUCCACAAACAAUCGUGGUAUAAAUUAUGAUAAUGUGAACAUGACGAAAUUUCAAACCCAGUCGAGUGAAAUGUCAGUCCCUCCCAACUUAAAUGUGUCUAACAUUUUGGCCACUUCUGCUUCAUGCAGGAGUUUAGAAUUAGAAGAAGCCGGACCGUCUUCUUCAUCUUCUUCGACUGAUAGUGUUUUCAGCGUUCAUACUACUACCAUAAAUGGACAAGCACAUAGAUCUACAACUCCGGCAUCAGUCUCAUUUGAUAACUUGCUUCAUACACAGUCGGAUCAUUUUGGUUUAAAACUGUCGACAUCACCAAUGGUGAAUUCAGUGACAAAUACUUCUCAUCUCGGGGAGUGUAUGCCGAUUCGGAAAGCAUAUACAAGGGAAUUAGAUCGUUCACCUUUCAAUUUUAUUAGCCCACCAGAGCAAACAAGAAAUAAUAAUAUUCCUGUUAGUCAACAGUUACCUCCAAUUUAUCAGACUAUGAUGCAUAAGACACUACCAUGUAUUCAAAACUCAAAUCCUACUGUUACUUCUCCCCUGUAUAAACCAACUAUUUCAGAUGGGUAUGAUAGUCCUAUGAAUAUGAGUAACAGUAUUCAACAUCAUGAGCAGAUGAGAACGGAUUUUACAUCCUAUUAUGACAGAGAAAAAGAUUCACAUAUGAAUGAUUCACAUUCUACUCUAAUGAAAAUAAAUGAGCACAAUGUUUAUGACAACAGUUUCAAUCAUUUUGGACACCAUUCUCAGGGUUUGUUAUCAGGUAAGAAAGAAUCGAAUCCACUAGAUCAAAACAAUGACCCUGAGUUGCGUUGGUACAAUGAAAGAAUAUAUUGGUCAUACAAUUCUUCAGUUAAACAACAUGAUUUAUUGAGUAAGAAGGAAUCAAAUCACUUGGCUGCUGCUUCAAAUAUUGUAGAAACAAGUACGUAUACUAGUGAGGAAUUUGGUGAUGCUCAAAUAAACGCCAAUACUAAUAAUAACAUCACCACUCAUCAAAGCACAGAUGAACCUAAAAGAAGAAGAAUUGAAGCGUUUCAUGACAAUGAAAAUCCCAUGUACACAAGGGUGGUAUUAUCCCCAUCUUCUAAAUGUAAUUCACAAAUGACUGACACAAAGAAUAUACAAGAUAAGCAACAUAUAGGUGUGUCAAAAUGUGAUGAAUCAAAUAGUGUAAAUUAUUCGCUGAGUCCACGGGAUAAUGAACUACCUAUUCACAUAAAGGAACUUUGCCUUCCUACCAAUUGUACCCGAGUAGGAGGUGAACAUACCAAAGGCGAAGAAAUUCUUGAACCAAAAGAAAUUUUGGAAUAUAGUACGCCAACCGAUUCAAUGUCCACUUUUAUUACCAGUCCUCAAUCGCAAAAAUACAAUUAUAUGUGA